CUUGUGCGAACAAACCGCCACGCGAAUGAUCAACGGAGAUGAAGGCGGCAAAGGCGGCAACAAAGGGGGGCUUGGGGUUGCGCGUGGCGACAACGACGCAAGGGGCGACGUGGCAGCCGGUGCUGCUGGUAGGGACGAUCGGGGCCGGCAAGUGACCCCGAUGAUGCGCAACCCCGUCCAAGCAAGGGAUGUCACCGCACCGCAUGACAUUGGCAGACUGUGGCCGCUGUGGGCGUUGUCGACCCAGGCGACGCCAGCAGCGGGACACGCGAGAAGGGAGGAGGGGGGGGCGGUGACUGCAGCAAGCAGGCCCCAGCCCCCCGCGCGCAUCGGGACGAAGGAUGUCGCGGUGGCGGGUGCCAUUGCUGGCACGUCGAYGGGGGGAGCGGGGGGAGGCGGGGGUGACGGCCGUGAUGUUGAUGAUGACGACGAUCCGCUCAUCAACAGGCAGAGGCGAUCGGGAGGCUUGGCGGCUCUGGAGACGAAAGCACGGCUAUGGGUUGACGAUCAUCGUUUUUGGAACGAGAUGGAGGGGCAUGGGCUGGUGAAGAUGAUACUGGAAACUCGCCUGCACCUCGUGGCCAUCGCAAAGGGUGUGAAGCCACCGGAGAUCAGAAAAAGCAUCGUGCUGCCUAACUCCACGAUCCCUCUGCAGAAGAUGGAAGACGAGUCCGAGCUGCAGGCCGCCAAGGAGAGGGCUGGGAGGGUGCAGACAAUAGCGUUGCGCAUCAUCCAUGGGUGGCUCUUCAAGUCCCCCAAUCGCGCACGCGGUUAUCACUGCGCGUACGACUAUGUGCUGAACCACCUGGCCACAUACCUGGGUCGCGCCAUCUGGUUGGGAGAGGACUGGCGUGUUUGCGUCAAUCCCGUGGUCGUCCACAACACUUUGGAGGCUCGUAUGACGCUCCCCAUAUGGUACGUUGGCGGCAUCAUACACGACAAGCACGAGGAGGACGAGUUGGCGUCGUAUCAGGAGUCCACAAUGCAGCGUCUCGUCGGAGCUUUCAGUAAUGCUGUUGACUUGGGGGAGGGGGUGGACGGCGGUCGGAUUUCGUACGAAAGGUUGAGGAACGACGAGGACUGCAUGCGCCUUUUGCUGUCUGCUGCCAUGUGGAUCAUGCGGAUGGCGGGUGAUAAUCCGCGCUCACACUACGAGGCCUCCCAUCUGAUGGAGCUAGUCGCGAAACCCACGCUCAUUGCGUCGCUUCAUCGCUCGUUCGACGCGCGGCACCAUGUUCUGCAGUGCGUGAACGCCGUGACAGAUAAAAUGGGAAAGCCCCCAAUGACGUUGGUGGGCUCUCCGCUGUACAUCCCCGACUGGGUUUCGUGCGGGGUGUCUUUCAACAACGACGCGACGUUGGCGUCUCCUGAUCUCGCCAGGAGACUGGAUUGGAUGGAUGAUGAUGAUGAUGAUGGCGACGAUGAUGACGAUGGCGACGAUGAUGACGAAGGCGGCGACGAUGGAGUCGACGAUGCUGAUGAUCAAGACGGCGGCGAUGAUGAUGAUGAUGAUGACAACGACGACGACGACGAUGAUGACGAUGAUGAUGAUGAUGAAGACGACGACGAUGAUGAUGAUGAUGAUGAUGAUGAUGAUGAUGAUAAUGAUCAAGACGACGACGACAAUGAUGACGAUGACGAUGAUGAUGAUGAAGACGAUGAUGAUGUGGAUAUAGACGACGACAACGAUGACGACAAUGAUGAUGAUGAUGAUGAUGAUGAUGAUGAUGAUGACGAUGAUGAUGAUGAUGAUGAUGAUGAUGAUGAUGAUAAUGAUGAUGAUCAUGAUGAUGAUGAUGAUGAUNCGAUGAUGAUGAUGAUGAUGAUGAUGAUGAUGAUGAUAAUGAUGAUGAUCAUGAUGAUGAUGAUGAUGAUGAUGACGAUGAUGAUGAUGAUGAUGCCGAUAAUGAUGAUGAUGAUGAUGAUGAUGAUGAUUAUGAUGAUGAUGGUGCAGACGGCCGUGUUCGGUGGUCGUCUCUGGUCGUUGGUGCUCAUACAUGUCCUUUUUUAGUGGGCCACCGUUUUUGGCACGCCGCUGGUGCGGUGUCGAAAAUUACUUUUUUGUUUAUGUAUAGUGCCGUGUGCUUUAUAAU